AUGACCCAAACCAACAUUACCACUGAUCAAUUGGCUCUUCUCGCUUUGAAAUCCCAAAUAAUUUCAGACCCCUCUCACUUCUUAGAUGAAAGUUGGUCUCCCGCUACGUCUGUUUGUCAUUGGGUUGGAGUCACUUGUGGCUCUCGUCACCAACGAGUGGACUCCUUGAAUCUUUCUAACAUGGCUCUUGCAGGCAGGAUUCCCCGAGAAUUUGGAAACCUCACAUUUCUUGUUUCUCUUGACUUGGAAAGCAACAAUUUCCAGGGUAAUUUGCCUCAAGAAAUGGCACGCUUGCGUCGGCUUAAGUUUCUUGAUCUAAGUUUCAACAACUUCAGAGGGGCGAUUCCUUCUUGGUUUGGGUUUUUACACCAACUCCAAGUUCUAAAUCUUAGGAAUAAUAGUUUCAUCGGUUCCCUUCCCUCUUUAUUUUUUAACAUUUCAAAGCUUGAAAUGUUGAAUUUGGCAUUCAAUUCCUUGGAAGGUCAUAUACCUGUGUCUCUCUCGAAUGCCUCAAGAAUCGAGCUCAUUGCAUUUACCGGCAAUAGCUUAUCAGGAGAUCUUCCCAAUGGUUUAUGCAAUGGUCUCCCAAUACUCAAAGGGCUUUAUUUAUCUAUAAACAAGCUUCGCGGUCAUAUGCCUACAAGCAUAUCAAAUUGUUCACAACUUCAAAUUUUGUCUUUAUCGGAAAAUGAGUUUGAUGGACCAAUACAUAGUGAAAUUGGAAACUUGAGUAACUUGCAGAUAUUAGGACUCGGAACCAACCAUUUCUCUGGGAUAAUUCCACAAGAAAUUGGAAAUCUUGUUAAUUUGAUUGAGUUAUGGAUGGAGGAAAACCAGAUGACCGGCUCAGUCCCAAUCUCCAUAUUCAAUAUCUCGGUGCUGCAAGUUUUGUCACUGUCGAGGAACAAUCUUAAUGGAUUCUUACCACGUAAAAUUGGCAACUUAACCAAAAUGCAAUUAUUAUAUCUUGAACAAAAUAGGUUUACCGGUGAAAUACCCAAAGAGAUGAGCAAUCUCAUUGAGUUGGAGGAACUUCAGCUUGGCCUUAAUAGUUUUAGUGGUCCACUUACAAUGGAGAUCUUCAACAUAUCAGGGCUGAGAGUAAUUGAUCUUUCAUUCAACAAUCUAUCAGGAAGCCUCCCACCAAGCAUUUGUUCUAUCUUACCCAUCAUUGAAGAGCUUUAUCUGUCCGGCAUAAACAAUCUUGUUGGGACUAUUCCUCAUUCCAUCUCCAAUUGUUCCGAACUUACUAUUCUAGAUCUUUCAUACAACAAACUCUCUGGCUUGAUUCCUAGUUCUCUUGGAUAUUUGACUCAUCUACAAUUCCUAAACAUGAUAGAAAACAAUUUAACCAGCGACUCUUCGUUAAGCUUCCUAACUUCCUUAACCAAUUGCAGAAAUUUAACAGCUGUUUCUCUAUCUUUAAACCCUCUGAGCAGCAUGCUUCCAGUCUCCGUUGGGAACUUUUCAACAUCUCUUAUAAAAUUUUACGCCAACAGUUGCAAGAUCAAAGGGCGAAUUCCAAAUGAUUUUGGGAACUUAAGCAGCUUAUUAGACCUUGAUCUUUCUGAGAACAGCUUGGCUGGAUCGAUUCCCACAACAAUUGGAAACUUGAGAAACAUUCAGCGCUUCAACUUGGGUAACAACAAACUUACAGGAUUUAUUGGUGAUCAUAUAUGUAAAUUGCAGCAUUUGGGUGAAAUUUACAUGGGUCAAAAUCAGUUUUCAGGAUAUCUUCCUAAUUGUUUAGGGAAUAUUACUUCCCUUAGGGAGAUACAUCUGCGUUUCAAUAAAUUGAGUUCCAAUAUACCAGCAAGCAUAGGGAACCUUCAGGAUCUAGUGGUUCUUGACUUAUCGUCAAACAACAUGGUAGGUUCUUUGCCUCAAGAAAUUGGAAAUCUAAAGGCUGCGACAUUGAUAGAUCUGUCGAUAAAUCAAUUCUCAAAUGGCAUUCCAAGAGAAAUUGGAGGAUUACUAACUCUGGUGCACCUUUCUUUGAGACACAACAAGUUGCAAGGAUCUAUACCUGACUCAAUGAGCAACAUGGUGGGUUUGGAAUUCCUAGACCUUUCUCAUAAUAACAUAUCUGGAAUCAUUCCUAUGUCUUUGGAAAAACUUCACAACCUGAAGUAUUUCAAUGUUUCUGUCAACAAAUUGUUUGGUGAAAUACCUUCUGGGGGUCCUUUCGAGAACUUCUCGAGUAAGUUUUUCAUCUAUAAUGAAGCAUUGUGUGGUUCUUCAAGAUUUAGUGUCCCGCCAUGCCCAACUUCAUCAAAGCACAAAUCAAAUAGGAAAAAAUGGCUAGUUCUAUAUCUUUUUCUAGGACUUGCAAUUUUAUUUGUUCCUAUCAUAUUUGUGUUUGCAUGGAUAAGGUAUAGAAGAGGUAAAAGAGCUCCGCAACAAGCUGAUUCAUUGUCUGCCAUAACAAGAGAAAGAAUUUCAUACUAUGAAUUGCUGCAAGCAACUGAUGCGCUUAGCGAGAGUAAUCUGAUUGGUUCUGGAAGUUUUGGCUCUGUCUACAAAGGCGUUCUCAGAAGUGGUAUUUCCAUUGCUGUUAAAGUGUUCAAUCCUCAACUAGAUGCGGCAUUCAAGAGCUUUGAUACGGAAUGUGAAGUUCUGCGUAUCCUUCGCCAUAGGAAUCUCAUAAAAGUCAUUACUAGUUGUUCCAGUCUUGAUUUCAAGGCUUUAGUUCUAGAGUAUAUGCCUAAUGGAAGUCUUGAUAAGUAUUUGUAUUCACACAACUACUUCCUCGACAUCAGGCAGAGACUAAGCAUAAUGAUAGAUGUGGCAUGUGCAUUGGAAUAUCUCCAUCAUGAGUGUUCGUCGCCUGUGAUUCACUGUGAUCUGAAACCGAGUAAUGUCUUGCUGGAUGAGGAUAUGGUUGCCCACCUCAGCGACUUUGGCAUUUCAAAACUGCUUGGUGAAGAUCAGGAGUAUGGACUGGAAGGACUAGUGUCAACAAAGUGUGACGUCUAUAGUUAUGGGGUCAUGUUGCUGGAAACAUUUACCAGGAGAAAGCCUAAUGAGUUUGAGGGAGAUCUUAGCUUGAAGCAAUGGGUGAGUUAUUCACUUCCAGAUGCUGUAAUGGACGUCGUAGAUGCCAACUUGGUAACCCAAAUGGGUAGUCGCUUACAGACAGAGCUAGAUGUUGUGGCAUUAAUCAUGAAAGUAGCAUUGGAUUGUUGUGCUGAAUCUCCGGCAAGAAGGACUAACAUGAAAGAUGUUGUAGGAAUGCUACAGAAGAUCAAUAUUCAACUUCUUUCAUGCUGA